GCUGUGAACGUUGAAUUGAGAUUCUGCCACCACCAUCUACCGCAGAUGUCGCUUGUAUAAAUCCCGUCUUCUUGGUAGUCCUAUCCUACCCACCUUCUGACUACUCUUCUCGAUCUCUCGCUGCAUCAGAACGAUGGUUGACCCCGCACCACUUCUUCCUCACUAUAGCCCUUCUGGAGCAGCAAGGAAGCCGCCGGCAACGUCGGUCGGCGACACCCUCGAGAGUUACAUCGGCGGCAACUGCGUGCUCCAGCUUCUACAAGCGUUCUUCGUCUCCUUCGCUUGGUGUUUCGAUGCGCAGCAGACGUUCAUCAACGUCUUCACGGACGCAGAGCCCGCGUGGCACUGCACCGGCACCGACGACGCCGCGUGCGCCACGGCUUCUAGCCCCUGCGGCCUUGCUCCCGGCUCCUGGGCCUGGGACCUCCCCAUGCACGCCUCGGUGGUGUCGGAGUGGAGCCUUCAGUGCUCGGGCCCGGCCGUCGUCGGCCUGCCUGCCUCGUCCUACUUCGCCGGCUGCCUCGCCGGGGGGUUGCUGCUCGCGACGCUCGCGGACUCCGUGCUCGGCCGGAAGAACAUGCUCUUCCUCUCCUGCCUCACCAUGUCUCUCUCCGCCACCCUGACGGUGGUGUCCCCUAACCUGUGGGCCUACUCGGCCUUGAGAUUUCUCUGCGGGUUCGGUCGGGCCACAGUCGGCACCUCCUCCCUCGUCCUGUCGACCGAGCUCGUCGGCAAGAGAUGGCGGGAAAAGAUAAGCAUCGUCGGCUUCUUUUGCUUCACCAUGGGAUUCUUAUCUUUGCCCGCCAUGGCCUACAUCAACCGUGGAUCAUCUUGGAGGGCGCUCUAUCUGUGGACCUCUGUUCCUUCCGCCUGCUAUUCCGUUCUCCUCUUCUUCCUGAUCAAAGAAUCCCCGAGGUGGCUCCUGGUGCGCGGCCGGCGGGAUGAGGCCAUUCAGACGCUCAAGAGCAUUGCAUCGACGAACGACGACGUGAUCAACUCAAGCUUCUCGAAACUGAUCGUUGCAGAAGAUACAGGGAUUGUGGACAUCUUCUCGGCGAUGAAGAUCCUCUGGCAGAAAAAGUGGGCGUUACGGCGGCUUAUGGCGACCAUGAUAGCCGGAUUCGGGAUCGGCAUGGUCUACUACGGGAUGCCACUGAACGUGGGGAACUUGGGAUCCAACCUCUAUCUGAGCGUCACAUUCAACGCGUUGGCCGAGCUGCCCUCGUCGCUGAUCACCCUCUUCCUCAUCGGCAAGCUGAACCGGCGGUGCUCAACGCUCACGUUCACCACGAUGGGCGGGGCGUUCAGCGUGCUGUGCGUGCUCGUGACCUCCAAGCUGUGGCAGAUGGCGGCGGAGGUGGUCUCCUUCUUCAGCGCCUGCACCGCCUUCAACGUCCUGCUGAUCUACAGCAUCGAGCUGUUCCCGACGUGCGUGAGGAACUCAGCGAUCUCGAUGGUCAGGCAGGCGCUCGUCCUCGGCGGGGUCUUCGCCCCCGUGCUGGUGGCCGAGGGGCGGAAGCGGAGCUUCCUGUCGUUCGGCGUGUUCGGGUUCGUCAUCGGCUGCUGCGGCCUGUUCAUUGUCAGCCUGCCGGAGACCAGAGGGAGAAGCAUAUGCGACACCAUGGAGGAAGAGGAAGUGAAGCAGAACGCAUCGUCGGACACUCCCUGAGUGUGUGCAUCCAUUAGGUCGGCUCAUAGGUCAAUUAAUCCGUGGGCUAUUCACUCGCUGGCCGCGGAAGAGUCCACCGAGCACAUAUGGUUUCCUCUUUAGAUCGAUGAAGUGAUUCCAAGCAGCCACGACCAGCCUUAAUCUUAUUUAAUGUGUGGUUUCUAUGUAGUGGAUCGUCUCGGUUCGACUGUAGCAGGUUCUGUGAACGCUGGUUGGGCUUGGUUUGUGCAUCACCCCGUGACAACGAGCCACUCCGGACAUUAUAUUAUUUAAUAUGAUAAUUGUGAUUGGCCAAACUGAAGAUGGCUAAUUAUAUUAUUUAA